AUGUCCUACGCUACCCCUCCCUACGAAGUCACCAUUGAGAACGUCGCCCACGUCCUCCAGAAUGACACGCGAGUCAAGCUAGCCGGCGUUGACGUCGACGGCAUGCUCCGCGGCAAGCUCGUCUCCAAGAAGAAGUUCCUCUCCAUCGUGGCCGAUGGCUUUGGGUUCUGCUCGGUCAUUUUUGGCUGGGAUAUGCACGACCGGACGUAUUUCAAAGAACUGGCCAUCAGCAACAAGGAAAACGGCUAUCGUGAUCUCGUGGCCAUCCCCGAUCUCACCAGCUUCCGUCGCAUUCCGUGGGAAAACAACGUUCCGUUCUUUCUAGUCAGCUUUUUUGAUCCUGACACAAAUGAACCGGUCUGCGCCUGUCCGCGAGGACUGUUGAAGUCCGCCCUGGGCAAGGCAGAGGCGGCCGGGUACCGGGCCAUGGCAGGAGCGGAGUAUGAGUUCUAUCAGUUCCGCGCGCCAGAAACCCACUCGAACCCCGAGCGUAACGCGUCGUCCACGGCCACCUUCCUCAAAGAAAACCCGGUCGAGUCCCUCCCCUCACUCACAGAGGGCAUGUUCGGAUACAGCCUGACCCGCCCGAUCCACAACCAAGACUAUUACUAUGGGGUCUUUGAUGCGUGCGAGCAGUUCAACUGCGAGAUCGAGGGAUGGCACACAGAGAGCGGUCCGGGGGUCUAUGAGGCGGCACUACAGUUCGGAGAGGCCAGGGAGAUGGCCGACAAAGCCGGACUCUUCAAAUACGUCGUCAAAUCCAUCGGCACUAAGCAUGGCAUCACCCCGUCUUUUAUGGCCAAGCCACGCGAGGGAUUACCUGGAAAUAGCGGACACAUGCACAUAUCCCUGGUCUCGAGUGAUGGGAAAAACGCCUUUCUCCGCGACACCCCCGAUCCCUCUCCCCCGUACCCGGAUGUAGCUCAUCUCUCUGACCUAGGACGGCACUUUCUGGCAGGUGUCCUUGCUGGUCUUCCAGAUAUUAUGCCCAUGGUAGCACCCACGGUGAACUCUUACAAGCGGUUGGUGGAGAACUUCUGGGCGCCAGUUACAGUAUCGUGGGGUCUGGAGCAUCGGGCGGCCUCGGUCCGGCUGAUCACGCCGCCCACCGCGAGCCCGAAGGCGACGCGGCUGGAGGUACGUGUGCCUGGAGCCGAUGCCAACCCGCAUUUUGUUCUGGCAGCAGUAGUCGCGUUGGGCUGGCGGGGUGUGGAGAAGAAGCUGGAGAUUCCUGUGCCCCCUUUGUCUAAAGGCGAGGACAUGGGAGGGGACAGCGAUAAGGGAGUAAGACUAGCCAAGUCGUUGCGGGAAGCCACGACGGCGUUUAUGCGCAAAGACAGUGUCGCACGGGAGGUCUUCGGAGAUGCAUUUGUGGAGCAUUAUGGGGGCACGCGGGAACAUGAACUGCGCUUGUGGGAGGAGGCCGUAACGGAUUGGGAGGUGAGACGGUAUAUCGAGACGGUGUGA